UAAAUAAGCAGCUUUGCCUCUCACCACUCUCCACUUCACUUCACUUCACUCUUCAGAUUUCAGACAAACACAUACAGCAGCAUCACCAGCUCAGUUAAUUGCAAGCAAGAAUAAACAAGCUCGAUCGAUCACUGUGAUAAUAUGGCGGGGAAGCUGUACCAGCUGAUGUCGAGGAUGCACCUGGCGAGGAGCCGGUCGUCGUCGUCGUCGGCGGCGACGGCGGCGGCGGCGGCGGCGGACGUGCCGAGGGGGCAUUUCGCGGUGUACGUCGGCGAGAGGCGGAAGCGGUUCGUGAUCCCGACGGCUUACCUGAAGCACCCGUCGUUCGUGCUGCUGCUGAAGCGGGUGGAGGAGGAAUUCGGCUUCGACUGCCACCGCUGCGGUGGCCUCACCAUCCCCUGCGCCACCGAGGGCGACUUCGCCUCCUUCGUCGCCGAAGCCAUCGCCUCCGACGACCACCACCACCACUAGCUCGCUGUUAAUUAGUUAAUUAGUAGCUUCUAGUUAAUUAGCUAGCUAUGACGGCUCGGAUUUUUGUGUUCUCUUUUCUUGUUGCUGAGGAUUAAUUGGAAUCCUUCUUGCUGAUGAGAUCGUUCGUUGUACUACUUGUAUGAUAACAUCAUUUGAUGGAAAGUUGUUGCCAAUUUCGACCCA